AUGAACCUCGCCAACCUCAUCAACAAAUCUGCCCGCCCCCUCCUCAAACGUCGUCUCCACAUCCUCAUCGCAUCCCUCAUCGUCCUGACCUUCAUCCUCAUCAUCGCCCGACUAGCAACCCCAGGCACACCAGCAACUCGCACCAAUAUCUGGGGUAUAACAGUGUGCCUCAGAGCCGCCCUCUUCCUCACCUACCAAAUCCUAACAACCUACAAAGCCCGCUUCAAGCGAUGGGCCAGUCCCAAAGCCAACAUGAUCCUGGAUAUCAUCGAUACGGUGUUCUGGUUCGCCCUGUUUAUUAUAAGUAUCAUGGGCGCGAGCGGCGGCCGUAGUGUCGCUAGUAAGGCGUUGGGUGCGUUUGUGGCUAUUUUGGCGUUGGUGUUGUGGUGA